AUGAACGUCCAAGAGCCAAUCCAGCCCGCGCUUGUGCGCUCGAACUCGACUGCAUCUUCAGUCAAAUCUGGAAAACUAUCCCAUCUUAACACUCCGGCAGGGGAGGCACAGACCGAAGUCGAACAUGUCAACACUCGCCCGCCACUUGACUACAGCUCCUUUGGGGCGUUUUGGACCAGCGUUGCAGCGCGAAUUAGGUCUGUAUUUACGAGGAGAUUUGUUAUGGCAUUACUUGGCGGCCAACUCGUUAGCAUUUGCAUCACCUGUACCUCAGUGUCUACGACCGAGUUGGUGAAUCGCGGUUGGUCUUUGCCUACUACCCAAACAUUCUUCUUGUAUUUCUCCUUGUUCAUUGUGUACACACCUUACACGAUCUAUCAGUACGGGUUCAAGGGUUGGGGCAAUGUCGUCAUCAAGGAUGGCUGGAAAUACUUUGUACUCGCUGCGUGUGACGUAGAGGCCAACUUCCUAGUUGUUAACGCUUACAAAUAUACGAAUUUGCUGUCAUGCAUGCUCCUCAAUUCAUGGGCUAUUCCGACAUCAACCUUCCAAACCCCCACCAUCCUCACCAUCCCUCAACCGUAUCUGGAUUAUGUACUCAAAUCUGGACUUUUUUCUUCUCCGCCAACGGGCAUCCUUAUCUGCAUCGGAGGAAUGGGCAUGCUCAUUGCUUCGGACCACCUUACGGGAACUGGACAGUAUCCAGCAGCGUCUAUGGUCAAGGGUGACUUGUUCAUGCUCGCUGGGGCGACUCUGUAUGGGUUCACCAACGCUACCGAGGAAUUCUUUGUGAGAAACCGCCCGCUAUAUGAAGUUAUUGGGCAACUCGGUCUGUACGGAAUGAUUAUCAACGCUAUCCAGGCUAGUGGGUUGGAGCACAAAGAUAUGAGGACGGCAAAUUGGAAUGGCGGUGUUAUUGGCUUGCUAUUCGCAUAUACGAUCGCCAUGUUGAUUUUGUACACGGUUGCUCCUCUGAUUUAUCGAGCUGCCUCGUCAGUAUACUACAACCUCAGCUUGCUAUCCAGUAACUUUUACGGACUUCUCUUUGCUCUCGGGCUUUACCAUCAACGCCCCUACUGGCUCUACUUUAUUGCCUUUGUGGUCAUUAUCUUCGGUCUCGUCUCGUACUUUUGGCACUCGACGCCCGAGGAACAAGGUAAACUCGAUCCUCAAAAACCCGAAUACGUGCAGCAGAAACCCGAGAGGGAACCGGGCUCUGAAAUACCCGUUUAG